AUGGAGCCCCCUGCUCAUCCCCCCACGCAGCAGUCCUCUUCCCCGACACUCAGCACUUUGCUUUCUAAGAGUUUCCUGGUGUCUCUUUUCUUUGCCAACAUUAAAGUGGAGAAGACGCCUGAAAAAAUAAGAACCAGAGGAAGUUUGUGGGAAUUGAGACUACAGAGGGUGGAAUGGACAAGGGACAUUCCAGAAGGAGUAAGAAGCAGGAGAUCCUCUGGAAGAAAAAAGUUAAUUGGCUUUACUCCAGGGGAUGCAGCGCUGUCUGUGGGGAGCCGCGGAGGUACAUGGGCUGAGAGGCCUCUGUCCCCAGCCCCUGAAGCCGGCUCCUCCCUGGGGUCCUGUGCCCUAGCCGAGAAUGACUUCCUUGGGCUCCAGGGUCUGGCUGGCCCUUUCUGGGAUGGUCACUGCCCCCGACCCCAGCUCCAGCCUCAGCCUGAGACAGGAGUGACUUCCCCAAGUCUGCAACCACAGCUAUUGCUGUUACCAGCCACGGCACAACCCCCUCACCAGUUCAAGGAGAGACUGUUCCCCUGCGGCGUGUGCGGAAAGAGUUUCCGGCGCUCUUCCACCCUGUCCACACACCUGCUCAUCCAUUCGGGCACGCGGCCCCACCCCUGCCCCUUCUGCGCCAAGCGUUUCCACCAGAAAUCCGACAUGAAGAAGCACACGUUCACCCACACCGGUGAGAAGCCCCAUCACUGCGGAGUGUGUGGAAAAUCCUUCAGCCAGAGCUCCAACCUGCUCACUCACUGUCGGCAGCAUGGGAUGAGCCGGCCCCUGCCUCGGAGGCCAAAGUACCCACCCUCACAGGAAUCCUCCUGCCUCAGAGAAUCACCGAACACCUCCCUGCCAGUCCUGAGCCCCAGGGAGGGGGGAGAGAAACUUGUCCCAAAAGCCCUGUUCUCCACUUUCCCAACCACACCAUCACCAUCAGCAGCAAUGGGCGAGUUUUAAUGCAACCUAUGUGGGAAACCCCAGAUCCAAAAGUUCCAGACAGCCCAAUCCCCCAAACACAGCAGCUCCAGUUCCACCGCCUCAUCUUUAUUACAAACUAAAAAGGCCUUAGAAAACAAGCCAGCACACCACACACAGACUCUGGGUCCACGGGAGCAAACCAGCAGGGACAAUCUACAUCAUACCUACAGAGUAUGGGAUUGAGGAGUUUGCCAGGCUAGUAGCCUUCGGGCACUCAGAUAGAAGGGAGUUAGGAAGCUAGAACAUCAACAGGGUUUUCCCUCUGCCCAGUUCCCCCUGCUACAAAACUACAGCUGGGAAAAUAGGCAAAAUGCAGGUAUCAAACAGGCUGGGACCUUCAGUUCAGAGGGCACAGUGGUCCUUUGGAUGGGGUGGGACAAGGGUGGCUCAGUGGAAGGUCUCCACCUCCACUACAGUCCAGUCUCCCUGUGGUGAGGCAACAUCAUCUGGGGAGAAGCUAGUGACAGAGGUGAUGCUUGCCCGGGACUCAUCCAGAGGGGAGAGCAGUUCAGCCCAGCGGCCCAGCUCAGCAUCACUCAGAGCCGGGCGGCCACCCCCAGGGCCCUGCCUGGCUCCCCCGGGGCCCUCUGCAGCCAGCAGCAGUGUCCGGCUCAGCAACUGCUGCACUACACUGGCCUGCAAUGCUCCCAGCUGCAGCUCACCCACUCGAGCUGGCUUGGGACCACGAGGGGCUGGGGGCAUCUUCUCCACU